AUGGAUGGCAACGGCCUCGGCAAGCUCCUCCCCAAGUCGAUCGCUGCGAAACGGCGUCGCAAGAAGCAAUCAACCUCGGGCGACGGGUCUGGCGACGAGUCUCUGCGCGGCAGAAGCAUUGGCAGUCGCGAGACCACCGAGAGUGAUGGAACGGGAUCACUCGACGCACCCGACGAGGAGGAGACGAGCCUGAUAUCUUAUGAAUCCGACCAUGACUCACCUGCGACCAGACCUGCGACCAGACCUACCACCAUUAUUUCCACCCAUCCCUCGCAGAUCGGGUAUCUGACGACAAAUUCACCACUCGUCCAAGCAGACCAUCUGCAGGAGGUCCAAAAAUCGGAGCAGCAGGAAUCCGCAGCUCCCUUUCCUGACCUACCAAAGGACCCCUCCCAGUCCGCGCGGCCACUGUCAGCAUCCAGCUCGACCGGUCUUGUUCCCCCGCGACCACAGUCUAGAAGAUCGCCGUCGCCUGUUGGCCGCUUUAAAGAAGUAUUCAAGCCCAGGAAAGGUUCGACGAGCACGGCCAGCUCCAGUCCGGAGAGAGGGGCACCUAGGGAGAGGUCUCACUCCGAGCUACCCGCAAGAGAGGUCGACUCUUCUCACCGACUGCCAGACGUAUCAGCUCUUCCCAAGUCGAACUCUACUCCUGAUAACGCCAAGGUCGCAUCAACUGAGCGCUUCCGAAGGCUGUCAAGAGGACAAAAGAUCGACACCACCACACCCCCUCGCACGCCGCCCACUGGCGACCAGGCCACCCCGGUCAUUGUCAAUACACCACCGACGCCCACGGAUUCCUCCCAUCCCGAACGAAAGGCGGUGUCUUCGCGGGACGCUUCACCUGAGGCGUCACGCCGUGGUGCACAAACGAAUGCGUCUGGCUCCCCUCAAGGGAACAUGAUAUCACAGAGACGGGCUAGAUCAGGCUCUGGUAACAUAGGACCAAGCAAGCUUUCAAAUAUCACUUUGGCUCCGCUUACUCCUACCCCGGAAAACGGCCCAAACACGCCCUCGUCUGCUGGCUUCUUCUCGUCUAUGUUAUCUGCUGCUCAAAACGCUACCAACACACUGAGCAACACCAUCACCAACACCAAUAUCACGUCGUGGAACAACAGCACUAAGAAGACAGCUUCUACCACGCGGCUUCAGGAGGGAGCCAGUGACGACAACAUCGAGGUUGAACCAGCGACCGAAGUAUCCUCAGAGCACCCCAUGGAGUCGAAGGAGUUAGCCGUGAAUACUCUCGGCAAGGGGGACCUCAGCUUAAGCCAGUUGGGGAUCCCGGAACCGAGCAGCUCCACUGCAACACCAACAACCGCCAAGUUCCAGGAUUCAACUGAAGCCAGAGGGAGGUCCGAGUCAGCCCCGGCCGAAAACAACUAUUCAUAUGUUUCGGCACCAGACAGCGUCUCAGAAGACUCGCGACCGAGGUCGCUAUAUGACACUGCGGCUCCAGGAGACCGCACCACGCCUUCUAGUAGCAUCUACGAAGGUAAAUCCGGGGUGCAGCGUAGUGGAAGCAUCAGGAGCGCAAUUGGCCGACAUCGGAAACGUGGAAGCUCUAUCACAACCGGUGGGACAACAGCAACUGGGGGAACCAUCGCUGCUGCCAUCCUCGCGGCCAAUGCAUCCGUCGCGCACCCCUCUGCUCAGGCGAGCACGCCCAAGCUUACCGGCUUUGCGGUAGCUAAUAAGAAGCGCAAUCGGGACUUCCAUGCUCUCUUCAAAAGCGUGCCGGAUGACGAUUACCUCAUCGAGGACUAUGGCUGCGCUCUGCAGCGAGAUAUUCUUGCGCAUGGAAGGCUCUACAUCUCGGAGGGUCAUCUCUGCUUCAGCAGUAACAUCUUGGGCUGGCAAACGACGCUAGUCUUGAGUUUCGACGAAAUCAUCUCCGUCGAGAAGAGGAGCACGGCGCUCGUCUUCAAGAACGGUCUCAUGAUAUCUACUCUUCAUGUCAAGCACAUUUUCGCCAGCUUCAUGAGCCGUGAUUCGGUCUAUGAUCUGAUUGUCAAGAUUUGGAAGCUCGGGCACCCAAGCCUCCAAAGCUCACUCAACGGCGUUCGCAUCGAUGAAACAGGUGGCGACAAGACUGAAAAGGUCGACAUUGAUGGGUCGAUCGGCAGUCGAAGCAUCACUUCGGCAUCAGACGACGAUAGCGAGGAGGAAGAUGACGUCUAUGAUGAGGACGAAGAGAACGAUGAGGACUUCGAGACUACCCAAAUGACCGACCCAGGCUUGGCGGAUAACGAUGGGGAGAAGGCUGUUUCGCGGAAGCCGUCGGGCGCGGUAGCCACCAAUGGCAUGUCUCCAGACAAGUCUAAAGAUGCGCCGGCCGGGGCAGCGGCAGCCGGAGGCGACUUUCCUGGACCAGCUACACAUGCGCCGACUGAGUGUGGCGAUUCUGGGACGCAUUACGAUAAAUUCCUCGCCGAUGAAGUGAUUCCUGCCCCUCUCGGCAAGGUCUACAGCCUGAUGUUUGGGCCUGCCUCUGCAAAUUUCAUGUCGAAGUGGCUGACGAACGAACAAAAAUGCACUGAUGUUCAAAUGGAGGACCAAAAGGGUCUGUCCCAGGACAACAAAACCCACACGUAUACCUACAUCAAACCGCUCUACGGCGCCAUUGGUCCCAAGUCGACGAAGUGCAUCAUCACGGAGACAAUCGAGAACAUCGACUUGGAAAAGGCGGUCAAUGUCAACUGCACAACGCAGACUCCAGAAGUUCCCAGCGGCAAUGUCUUCAGCGUGAAGACAAAGUACUGUCUCUCGUGGGCCGAGAAUAACGGCACGAGAGUACAAGCCAACUGCACGGUGGAGUGGACUGGCAAGAGUUGGAUCAAAGGAACGAUCGAAAAGGCGGCAAACGAAGGCCAGGUGCAGUACUGCAAGGACAUAUUUGCAGCUUUGAGAGGAGCUACCUCGGCGCGGCCACGGGUGAACACAUUUACUAAUGGUGCGGGAGGUAAAGGCAAGAAGAAGCGCAAGGGCAAGUCUACCCUGGCGUCAAGCCCGACAAGUGACACGGAGGGCACAGCAAGAGCUCCAAAGACGCCAGACUGGGGGGUUCUGGAACCCCUUCGCGGUAUCCUGGGGCCCAUUGUGGAUAUAAUCGGACCCCUCAUGACUGGCAAUGUGGUGUAUGGGCUCUUGGUGGGCUUACUUGUUGCGAGCUGGUUUGGCUUCGGCUUCACGAAUCGCAGAUCGCCGGGCGGGUUCGGCCACGAUAUUGGCUACUACGCCUAUCCGGAUCGUCUGGCAGCCUACGACGAGAUCUGGAGGCGCGAAGAAAGCGAGCUCUGGGACUGGUUGGAAGAGCGAGUUGGCAUGGACCGCCUUGGCGACGGAGCACCACCCGUGCGUAAGCGGGCGGUCGAGCCCAGGACCGUGGAGGAGAAGAUUCGAGAAGACCGUAUGGACGAUCGAGAGAUCAAAGAGGCGAUCCGAGUCACAGAGGAGAAGCUCAAGGUGCUCAAGUCGGUCGUCCAUAAGAAGGGAGGCCCACAGGCGGCAGAAGAGAGUGGGAGUGCCAAUGAACACAAGCAUAGCGUAGCGUCGUCAUAA